AUGGACGCCGCAACGGUCGAAGAGACCAACCGCAUUCGCGUCUCCCUGGGCAUGAAGCCUCUGCCUGUCCCGGGAGCCGAUCCGUCAAGACUAGCAGUGCCCCAGCCAGACGACGACGGCGAAUUACCCAGCACUCUCGAGAGCCGCCAAGCCCAGUCAUACGACAACUACAAGAAAGUCAGAGAUGCCGAAGACGCCAAGAAGAGGCGCGACGAGAAAUCAGCCGCUAUCCGGAAGGCGCGCGACCAGGCGCAACGACUCGCUGUUCUCGAUGGCAAAGGACUAGGAGACGAGGACGGUGGCGACAUGAAUGCCAAGGACUGGCUCAUGGGGCAGAAGAAGCGCCAGAAGAAUAUCGCCAAAGCCAGAAAGCUGGAGGAGGAGUUGGCGGCCGCUGAAGCUGCUGCUGCUGCUGCGGUUCAAUACACAUCCAAGGACCUUGCUGGAAUCAAGGUUGCUCACGACACAGCCGAUUUCCUUGAUGGAGAUGGUCAGAUUCUCACCCUAAAGGACACGACAAUUGAGGAGAAUGAGGCCGAUGGCGACGAACUCGAAAACCUGAACAUGCGCGAGGCCGAGAGGCUGAACGAGAGGCUUGAUCUCAAGAAGGGCCCAGGAUACAAUCCUCAUGACGACGAUGAGGAUGGCGAACACGGUAUUCUUGCCCAGUAUGAUGAGGAGAUCAAUGGCAAGAAGACCAAGAAGUUCACACUUAAUGCGGACGGUGUCAUUGCUGAUCUCGCAGACAUCCUUGAGAAACCGGUUGAUAAAGCGAGAAAGCUCCAGAACGUGAGCCUCGACGACAUAGUUGAUGGCCCAGUUUCUUCAGAUUAUUUGGACCCUUCAAAAAUCAAAAUCAAGAAGCCCAAGAAGAAGAAGAACAAGAGCACCAGGCAAAAGCCGGUGGAUGAAGACGACAUUUUCCCCUUGGAAACAGCGCCUGUCGACGACAAUGCUAUGGACAUCGAUUCAAAAGCCUCGGCCCCCAGCAAGAAGCGGAAGAUGGGAGAUGAUGCCUUUGUGGACGACGAGGAUCUUCAAGCAUCGCUGGCAAUUCAACGAAAGAAUGCACUCAAGAAACGGAAGAAGACUCGCCCCGCAGACAUCGCAAGGCAGCUCAAGGAGCAGGGAGAAGAAGACGAGCAAGCAGAUGCCCAGGAGGGGGGGCUUGUCCUAGGCGAAGUUUCAGAGUUUGUUGCCGGAUUGAACAAGCCUGGCGAGGAUGAAGAACGAAAACCCAGAAAGCCAAGAACAGUGUCGAAGUCCGCUGAACCCGACGAGGAUCAUCCAAUGGACGACCAGUACCGGGAUGAUGUUGGAGAAGCAAACCCACAAGCAAACCCACAAACAUCGGCUCUGGACGAGGAGGAGACGGGUGUUGAGGAGGAGAAGACCGUAGGCGAAGGAAUGGGCGCUGCUCUUGCACUGCUCAGAGAGCGCGGACUCGUCGAGGACUCUAAAGGCGGCUCCCAUGACAACCUUCAAGACCGAGAAGAGUUCCUAUUGAGGAAGCGACGUUUGGAAGAAGAGCUGGACGACCAGGCGCGUAACCAGCGUGAGCGUGACAGGACGAACGGCAAACUGGAUAGGAUGUCAGUACGUGACCGAGAGGACUGGGCUCGCCAACAAAACACCUGGCGCGAUCAACAACAAUCUCGCCGGAUGGCCGAGCUCUUCCAAAAUUCAUACAAGCCCAACGUCGAGCUCAAGUACACGGACGAACACGGCCGUUCACUGGACCAGAAGGAAGCCUUCAAGCACCUCAGCCACCAGUUCCACGGCAAGGGCAGUGGCAAGGGCAAGACGGAGAAGCGCCUCAAGAAGGUUGAAGAUGAGAAACGCCGCGAGGCUCAGAGCAUGUUUGACGCGAGCCAGUCAGCGGGUAUGAGCCUGGCCGCACAACAGCAACUCAAGAAGCGACGGGAAGCGGGUGUACGACUGGCAUAG